AUGGCGGCGGGGCCUGGUGUUUCUAUGCAAAGCGGUAGCCCUGCGAGAGAACUAACUCUCUCUGUUCAGCAAGGAGGAAAUCAAAAUCAUGCAGAUCGGAUCAAAACAGAAGAGGUGUCCGAAUCAGAGAAGCAGAGUCGCAUGGCUGCUUUGCUGGAGAGACUUCAUGCCAAACACAAUGCUUCUCGGCCAUGGCAGGAGACCAGCAAGGUGGUGCGUCAAGCAAUGGAGAAACGUGGUAUGAUGAAUGCUGCAGGUCACCAGCUCCUGCUUACCUGCCUGGAGACGCUGCAGAGAGCGCUGAAAGUUUCAUCUCUGCCCUCCAUGACAGAUCGAUUGGAAUCCAUUGCUCGACAAAACAUGCUGGGCUCCCACCUCAGCCCAUCAGGGACAGAGUGUUAUAUCACAUCAGACAUGUUUUAUGUGGAGGUACAACUGGACACUGGUGGUCAGCUAGUGGACGUCAAAGUGGCUCAUCAGGGAGAAAAUCCUACGAGUUGUCCUGAGCUGAUUCAGCACCUAAGAGAGAAGAACUUUGAAGAGUUUUCUAAACAUCUGAAGGGGCUGGUUGAGCUAUACAAGCUCCCCGGGGAUAAUAAGCUGAAAACCAAGAUGUAUAUAGCACUACAGUCUCUAGAGCUCGACCUCACUAAGAUGAUGCACAUGUUCAGGCUAGCAACCAAUGCUAAUACAGUGGACACAAUUCUUCAUGGCAGUGUGGGUCUGCUGACAGCCCGGAGUGGGGGACACCUUGUUUCUCUUCAAUGUUAUGUGUCCCCUUAUGACAUAUUUGAGGAAGGAACGGGUACACAGCUCAACUUAACAGAUAGCAAUGUGCCACGCUCACUGGGUGUCAGUGUAUCUGUGACGAUCGAGGGAACAUCUGCAGUCUACAAGCUCCCAAUUGCACCACUAAUUACUGGAUCCCAUCCUGUGGACAACAAGGGGACACCUUCUUUUUCCACUGUGACCAACUCCAACUGUGUGGACCUGCCAGCUUGCUUUUUCCUCAAGAUGAAUCGGCCCAUGCCUUUCUCACUGUCCUUCAUUCAAAGGAUGGGCAAUGCCACGUCAAUCCCAGUGUUUGAGAGCCCCCCCAGCCUUUCUCCUCUGUACCAGUUAAUUGUCCAAAGCCAGCUUCAGCUCCUGGAGGAGGGAAGUUCCACACCACCACCAUCACACAACAUGCAUUUCUAUUCAAUUUUGCCAGACCAGCAACACUGUUACUUCUUGAAUGGCGAUGCACCGGUGCAGGAUGGUCAUUCUCUUCAAGGAGCACUGGUGUCCAAGAUCCCAUUCCGCCAUCCAGCACAAGUACCACCCCUGCUGGAUAUCAUCAGGCACCAGGCAGCCUAUAAUAAUCUGAUUGGCAGCUGUGUGAAACAAACUUCCGUCAAGGAGGAUAAUGCAGGCCUGUUGCAGUUUGAAGUUUGCCCACUCACUGACUCCAGUUUUAGUGUCUCUUUCCAGCAUCCAGUAAACGAAUCAUUAGUCUGUGUGGUAAUGGAGGUCAUUGACUCCCUACAAGUAUCCUGUAAACUUUAUAAAGGACUGUCAGAUGCCCUUAUCUGCACAGAUGAAUUCAUAACCAAAGUAGUGCAGAGAUGCAUGUCAAUCCCUGUCACUAUGCGGGCCAUUCGGAGGAAAGCAGAGACCAUCCAGGCAGACACUCCAGCCCUGUCACUGAUAGCACAGACAGUCGAGACUAUGGUGAAGAAUAACCUGCCACCUUCUGGAAGUCCUACCUACAAUAUGGCGGGAGGCGACGCUAUGGGACUGCCUGGGCUCACAGGGGGCAACACGCCGACUGGAGGUGGACCCCCCGGAGGACCUAACUUUACAGGUCCCAUCACUUUACUAUACGGGAUGUCCCGAUCAGACAGACAAGCCCAAGGAGGAGAGUGUGCAGCCCAAGGCGGGGCAGCUGGCCAGCAACAGAUACAGCAACAACAACAAGCAGUCGGAGGCCAUUCAGAUGACUACAACAAAGUUACCCAGAAUCCAAUACUGACAAGUCUGUUACAGAUAACUGGAAGUGUAGGCUCCAGUCCCAGCUCCCAAAAUGCACCACCACCUCACCAAACUCCACCACCAACAUCUUCACCUGCCAGCAACACCAAGAAUCAUCCUAUGCUGAUGAACUUGUUGAAAGACAACCCCACCCAAGAUUUUGCUGCACUGUAUGGCUCUAGUCCGUUAGAGAGGCAGAAUUCAUCAUCUGGCUCACCGCGUACAGAUGGAAUGGGUGGAAGCUGCCCUGCAGGUAGCGGAAAAAUCAAGAAAAAGCGCCCACGGGGGACAGAAAAGGGUGGUGUGUUGCCGGGUGCUGCUGCUGGUGCAGGGGGAAGUGGUUUAGGCAUGAAAACACAGCAGUCUUCUAUGCAGCAACACCAUCAGCACCACCAGGUCACACAUGAGGAUGACUUCCACCGUGAGCUCCUCUCUAUGGAUGUGGACGCUUCUCAAAAUUCUAUCUUUGAUGUAAACUUGACUGGUGAUGGAUUAGAUACUCCCCAUAGCAUUACUCCUGCUCCCAGCCAGUGUGGAACUCCGCCCUCUGGACCCAGCAUGCCUUACUCACAGUCUCAUGUCCAGUCUCAGCAACAACCACCAGGCACUGUACCACCUCGUAUGGUGCGCCUCUCUAGCUCUGAUAGCAUUGGGCCUGAUAUCACAGAAAUCCUGUCAGAUUUGCCAGAACAGACAGGUAAGGGCAGUGGUGGGAGUCAUGGGCAGCACCCCAUGGGCAGUGGUGGGGAUGAUGGAGGUCCCCUUGGUACCCCCAUACGUGACUCCUCUAGCUCAGGGCAGGGCAGCGCAGUCUUUGAUUCAGCAGACAUUUUCAAUACCAACAGCAAUGAAAAUCCUUUUACAGAUGCUGUUGAUUUGAUUGCUGAGGCAGCUGCAACUGCUGCCACUCCCAACAGCGAUUCCUCUUCUACUAACUUCUUCCCUGAUGCCAAUGAUUUUAACCCUGACUUACUGACCUCUGGCCAUGGAUUUCCCCAGAACUACUUUGAUGACAGCUCUCCAAGCGCUGAUGGAGACAUGGACUUGGUCAAGGGCUUUGGAGGAGGUAGCCAGCAGAAUACACCUUCAGGAACACCUCAGAACCCCACACCACAUGGACAAAGCACCCCAGAACCCUCCCUGAAGGAUCCUUUUGAUAUGGGUAUGGUUUUUGGAGGCAGUAGUGGUGGGGGUAAACCACUUCUAGGCCAAGCUCCUGAUUUAGGAGACACGCAUGGUGGUGGCUCCCAGAGCCCUCUUAUGAUGAGUCUGGGAGCUACAUGCAGUGACUUUAAAAGUGCAGAACCCAAAGUGAAACAGCAGCAACAGGCACUUAUGCGGCCAAAAGAUGAGAAUGGUGGAAGUGGAAGCAGCAGUUCCAUGAUCGGAAUGGGGAGCAGCUCAGCAGAGAGCAAACAGGUAAAACGAAGCAGAACCCCCUCUAGUGAGGGAAAGUCUAAAGAUAAACCCCCUAAACGCAAAAAGAUGGAUCCUGAAGGAAAGUCCCCCUCCCAUAGUUCUGGAGGACGACCCUACACUCCCCCUAGUGGUGGCUCAGGCUCUGGUGGGAGCAUUAGUGGAGGAGGCUCCAAGUCACCUGGUAGUUCAGGUCGUUCACAAACUCCUCCUGGUGGUGCCACCCCUCCAAUACCCAAAAUCACAAUUCAAAUUCCCAAAGGGACUAUAACUGGGGGGAAAACUUCAUCCCAUAGUGGAUACACAUCCAGCAGCUCUGCCACAAGCAGCACAGGGGGAAGUGGGGGAACAAGUAGCAGCAAAAGUCACCAUUCACACUCUUCUUCUUCUGGGAAGAUCAAGAACAAGGAUGGUUCAAUGACCCAAAGCAGCAGCUCCAAGCCAGGGAGUGGAGGAGGUGGAGGUGGCCAGUCUCAGUCUAAAGGCUCCUCUCAGGGUAUGGGUGUAGGCAAACCAGGAUCAUCUCCAAUCACUAAGCAUGGUCUCUCUGGACCAGGAGGUAGUGGAGGUGGUGUUGGGAGUGGUAGUAAAAUUAAACCUCAGAGUGGCAAACCACCUGGGUCUCUUAUGAAUCCCAGCAUUAAGCCCAACAUUUCCCCUUCUCACUCCCGCUCCAGUAGCUCUGGUGACAAAAUGUCCUCUCCUAUGAAAAUGCAGCAGUCCCAGGUUCCAGGAACACCUCCUUCCUCAAAAGCUAAAUCUCCAAUGGGCUCUGGAGGUAGCAGUUCAGGAGGGUCCAAGUCUUCUUCAAGUGGUGGUAUGAGCUCUCAGAAGCCAAUGGGUGGGAGCUCUUCAUCUGGUUCUGCAUCUUCCUCAUCCUCCAGCUCCUCCUCAUCGGGUUCUGUUACAUUCUCUGGAGGCUCACAGUCUCAGUACGGGGGUGGCAGUGGAGGAAGUGGAGGGGGAGGAGGAAGUGGAGGUGGAAGUGGAGGUGGUAGUGGAGGAGGAGGAGGUGGAGGAAGUGGGAGCAACAGUGGAAGCAGUGGUGGUGGAGGCCAGAACAAUGCAAACAAUCCAAAUGCCAAAGGGAAGUCACCGAGUCGAAACAAAAAACCCUCCCUUACCGCAGUCAUAGACAAACUGAAGAGUGUGGGUGGUGGAGGAGUUGGAGAAGAUGGAUGUGAAGUAGGGCCGCCUGGAGGGGGACCUGGGUCAGGAUCUACUCCUGGAGGCGGUUCUGGAAACGUUCCUAGCAGUGGGUCUUCAAACAUGGGAUCUUCCAAGCAUGCCACUUCUUCUCAAAGUGGGGAGUACAAGCGGGAGAAGUCUGACAAGGAGGGAAAAGCAAAAGUUUCAGUUUCAGGUGGAAAUAGUGGGGAUAAAAAGCUGAUGGACCCUAAAACAGGAGGUGUGGGUGCAACUGGUCUGGCCAAGAUUAUCAUUAGCAAACCUGAUGGUGGCUCACCUAGCAUCAAAGCUAAAGUGACCCUUCAGAAGACAGGGGAAGGAUCCGGGGACUCCAUGCGUCCCCAGAUUUCUAGCCUCAAAGCUUCCCCCCUCUUCAGUGGAUCUACCCCUAAGCAUGACCGCUCCUCCCCAAGCCACAGCCGUUCACCAGGAUACACCCCGCUCAACCACGACAGCGAGAGCGAGUCAGGCAGCAGCUCAGUGGCAGAGAAGUCCCACCAGAACAGUCCCAGCUCAGACGACGACCAGACCAUGCGCCCACUACCUCCCCAGGACUACAUGAGCUCAAUCCCCCUCAGCUCAGGGGAGAAGCACAAAAAGCAUAAAAAGGAGAAGAAGAAGCAGAAAGAGAGGGAACGGGAGAGGGAUAGAGACCGAGACCGGGACAGGGAGAAAGAGAAAAAGAAGUCUUCCAUGUCCAUGGGGCCGUCUUCUCAUCCCAUAAAAGCAGACAGUUGGUCUCGGUCACCGAUCUCAGCCUCAGAUUCAUCUUUGUCCAUGCUGGGUCAAUCCCGGUCAAGCCCAAUGUACAUGGGAAAUGAAGACGAUGACCUCAUGGACUCAGCCCUCACUGGCAACCUUUAGUUUUAUUUGGAAAACCUCUUAUUUUACUAAUUAUUCCAGACACCUUUGUAAUACAUGCUUUUUAACAUACAAAUUAAACUCUUAUUUAUUUAACCUGAGCCACAAAUUUGAACAGCAUUUAAGGAUAUUUGUCUGUUUGAGGAAUCACUGACCUGUUAAAGCUGUAUUUUAAUAUCCAUGUAUGAGGAUUUGGGAUGUUGGUUUUUUAUGAAGGUGGUUGCUAUACUGUCAUCUAAAUCCACUCCACAACACCAACUUCCUUAAUUGUUAUUAAGGAAUUGGCUUCAAACAGUAUAUUUUCAGAGAAAUAAACUUUAUUUUUGUUUUCUUGUUGAUUUACCUGUAAAGUAAAGAAAAGUCGGUUAUGUCAUGAUGUUUCCAUAUGUAAUACACAGGCUUUCUUCAUAUGUCAUUGUUAAAAACAUACCAGAAUACUGUAUGUUGUCCAAGUAUAAAGUAUGUUUUACAGCAAGUAUUGUAAUGCAAGAAGGGUACAGUGUUCAGUUGCCUUGUUUUUCAAAUACAACUGGGAAUUUUGAUACCUUUAAAAUUGUUUAUGUGUAAAUUAGUAUAGUUAAAAGAGAACUGCAACAGAUAAUGAUGUUGAUAAAGGGGGGAAAGAGACAUGCUGUUAAUUUUUUAACUGUAGUUUUGGAAGCUUGAAAUAAACAUUUCAGUGCUGGAAAAAGCUCACUACCACA